AUGUGCAAGGUGAUCGACGUGAAUCGAACGUGUAAGGUGACGAAGCAGGGCGGCAUCAUGUCCUUCACCGCGCUCGUCGUCGUCGGCAACGGCGAGGGCGUGUGCGGGCACGCCACGGGGAAAGGGAAGGACGUGCAGCAGGCGGUCGAGAAGGCGUACCAGAAGGCGUGCCGGAGCCUGGUGCACAUCGAGCGGUUCGAGAAUUACACCGUGUAUCACGCGGCGCGGGCGAAGUAUAAGAAGACGUACAUCAAGAUCUUUCCGAUGAAGAAGUACGAGGGGUUGCGGGUGAAUCAGAUCGUGGAGGCGAUCUGCGACUGCGCGGGGAUCACGGAUCUCAGCGCGAAGGUGAUAGGGUCGCAUCACCCGAUGAACACGGUCAGGGUGACGUUCGAGGCGCUGGAGAAGAUCCAGUCGCCGAUCGACAUCGCGCAAUCGCGCGGGAUGUCCAUCUACAAGCUCGACUGA